CGCAGAGGGGAUGGGGCCGGAGGAGAGGCCGAAGAGGCCCGGCGCUCCGAGCCAUGGAGCGCCCCGGGCGGAGCUUCCAGGCGGCCCUCUGGGUCCUGGCACUGCCUCUGCUGCUGCCCCCGGUACAGGUUGGAUGAGGUGGUCGCAGAUCUCCCUUCAGCUCUGAGAUGCUGCCAUGAUGGAAGGCUUCCCAGAAGAGGCGCUCGUCUCCUUUGGGGAGCCCUCCUUUGAAGGCUUAGAUUCCCUGCAAGUUCACAGUGUGUUCCCUCUUCUCCUUCGAGAAGCUUGGCAGGAACCUCCUCCCAGAACAAGGGUCAGCCCGAUGGGUGCCGCCGCCACAGCCGUGCCGCUCCGGGAGCUGCUGGGCCGGUACUGCCGCCUGCUGUCCGCCGGCUCCAACCUCACAGGUCCCUACUGCAAUGCCACCACGGAUCAGAUCGGGACGUGCUGGCCCCGCAGCGCUGCGGGGGCCUACGUGGAGAGACCCUGCCCGGAGUUCUUCAAUGGCAUCAAGUACAACACCACGCGGAACGCCUAUCGAGAAUGCACAGACAAUGGGACCUGGGCCUCCCGGAUCAACUACUCCCAGUGUGAGCCCAUACUGGACGACAAGAGGAAGUAUGACGUGCACUACAAGAUAGCACUCAUCAUCAACUACCUGGGUCAUUGCGUGUCCAUGGGGGCUCUCCUCGCUGCCUUCCUGCUCUUCCUCGGCUUGCAGAGCAUUCGCUGCCUCCGGAAUAUCAUUCACUGGAACCUUAUCACGACUUUCAUCCUCCGGAACGCGGUCUGGUUCCUCCUGCAGCUCAUCGACCACACCGUCCACGAGAACAACGAGGCUUGGUGUCGCUGCAUCACCACCAUCUUCAACUACUUCGUGGUGACCAAUUUCUUCUGGAUGUUUGUGGAGGGCUGCUACCUACACACAGCCAUCGUCAUGACCUACUCUACAGACAAGUUGAGGAAGUGGGUCUUCCUGUUCAUUGGAUGGUUCAUCCCUUGCCCCAUCAUCAUCGCCUGGGCUAUCGGCAAACUCUACUAUGAAGAUGAGCAAUGCUGGUUUGGCAAAGAACCAGGGAACUAUGUGGACUACAUCUAUCAAGGCCCAGUGAUCCUGGUGCUCCUGAUUAAUUUUGUUUUCCUGUUCAACAUCGUCAGGAUUUUGAUGACGAAGCUUCGAGCGUCAACCACAUCAGAGACGAUGCAGUACAGAAAGGCGGUGAAGGCGACCCUGGUCCUCCUGCCGCUCCUGGGCAUCACCUACAUGCUCUUCUUUGUCAACCCCGGGGAGGACGACGUGUCCCAGAUCGUCUUCAUUUACUUCAAUUCCUUUCUGCAGUCCUUCCAGGGCUUCUUCGUGUCCGUGUUCUACUGCUUUCUGAACGGAGAGGUCCGAGCAGCGGUGAGGAAGAGGUGGCGCCGCUGGCAGGAUCACCACUCCCUUCGGGUGCGGGUUGCCCGGGCCAUGUCGAUCCCGACGUCCCCCACCAGGAUCAGCUUCCACAGCAUCAAGCAGACGGCUGCUGUCUGAUGCCAGGCCUUGCUAGAGGCUUAGCCCAGCACCCCCCUCCCCCUUCCCCUCUGGUGAUGCUCCUCCUCCCCCUCCCCCUCCCCCCUUGCCCGGGCACAGACAGAGGAGAAAAGGCCGGGAAGGAGAGGGACGCCCAGGAAGUGGGAGCACGCGGUCAGCUCCCAGCGUGACUGCAAAGGGUGGCCCAAACCUGGGAGCCCCGUGAGAGGAGGGCAGGGAAGCCUCAUCCCACGUCCCUUCUCUGGGCGGCUGCCUGAGGGGGAGCCGGAGGUCCAGGGGUCAGGCUGGGGGGGGGGGUUGCGAGGGGCUGCAGACGGCCUCCCGCCCGGGCAUGGCAUCCUUCAGACGGAGACGCUGAGGGGAGCCGGCCGGGGCCACGCGGAGGCUCGGCCACGAAGCUCAGCUCGCCCGGCCCGUCCCGCCGCCCUCUUCCCUGGCAGCGCUGGUUUCCCAAGAACCCCCAGAGAUGGGCGGCGCCCCCAGGCCCUGCCCCAGCCCAUCUCCUGGCUGGGGGUGUGCAGGAAGGGGAGGAGCCGGAGAGGCGCCCAGCGGGGAGAGGGAGGGCAGUCAGGCUGUGCUGUCUGAACCCCGGGCCGAGGCCCCCGCCAGACCCCCCUUCAGAAACCUCGUCUCGUCUGUGCAAUAAACCCGUGUGACGUG